AUGAUGUUCCAACACCCGAUACUCCCUGAUUAUGGGACACCGUCCCAAGAGCUUGAACUGCUCGACAUUUUGCCAGACAAUGCACCUUCUGUAUCUGAUAUAGAUCACCCGGGCGGUUCGAGUUCCCCUCCGCUAUAUUUCCCUUCCUCAGACGACGAUGACACAGAGUUUGAUCAACAGUACACGCCUCCGCCAAGCAGUUCUCCCCUGCCAUAUCUCCACUCAUCAUAUGACCAUAACGUGUCUCUUAGUGACGAUGAUUGUACUAGUGUCCUAUCACUUACCUUUAACUCGGCUACUCGCAAUCACACUGCUGAUGAAGAAUCACGUAUUAAUGCCUCCGACGAGGAGCUAUCGUACACUGAACAUCUCGACGAUGAGGAUCACUGGGUUCCUGAGAAUGAUCCGCAGUUCCUUCCCAACGAUGCACUAUUUGAUGAAAAUACUUUUGUCGACUCAGACGAACCUCAUAGUGUUGUACUGCCCGCGUUAUCGGAACAUCGAGCACUGCUAAAUGGCUAUGUGCACGUUUUUGCCAAUGCUGCAUGCAGACGUGCAACACAUGCAGAUGCAGAAGAGACACUCACCUUGCUCCAUUCGACGAUCACAAGCUGCUAUCCCGGCGGAAUUUCUCCUGAGCUUCAGAGUGACUUAGCCAGCAUGGCACGAACUCUUCGCACUGUCGAGAAACGUCUGGGCGUCGAUACGGAGAAGAUUGUUACUACGUACAUUCUUUGCCCAUCUUGCUGGCAAAUGUACCAUCCUUCCGAGCUACCAACAAUGCAGUCUCAACUGUGCACAGCACCUGGAUGCUCCGCAGCGCUAUUUCGCCUGAAAUGA